UCUAUGUUUUCUAUCGUUUUGUGUGAAGUAACUGGUGGUUUUUCUUUGUAAAAAUUGCCGAUAAAUUGCUUUCAAAGUUUAUGUGAAGUUGAAAAAAAACUGAAAAAGAUAAUUGUAGGAGUUAAAAAUGGACUUCUUGGAGUAUGCCGAUAUUACGUCGGAGGUUAAUGGAGCAAUGACUCCUGGAAAGUUAAAAUUAACUGAUCAACAUCUUAUAUUUAAAAAUCAAAAAACUGGCAAAGUAGAGCAAAUAUCUUCGAGUGAUAUGGAUAUGGUCAGUUAUUUAAAAUUUGUAAAUACUUGGGGACUUCGAAUUUUCCUAAAAAAUGGAAGUCUAUACAGAUUUAGAGGUUUCAAAGAAGGCGAUCAAGAAAAAAUGGCAAAAUUUUUCAAGAGUAAUUAUAAUAAAGAUAUGCUUGAAAAACAACUUAGUUUAAAAGGAUGGAAUUGGGGAACAGCGAGAUUUGAAGGAGCAGUUUUAAGUUUUGAUGUUGGUCAACAUACGGCAUUUGAAAUUCCCUUGUGCAAUGUUUCUCAAUGUACAACUGGCAAAAAUGAAGUUACUUUAGAAUUUCAUCAGAAUGACGACGCACCUGUUAAUUUAAUGGAAAUGAGAUAUCAUAUUCCAACCAGUGACAGUGUUGAAGCCGAUCCUGUCGAUGCUUUUCAUCAACAAGUUAUGGAUAAAGCUUCUGUUAUCAGUGUCAGUGGCGAUGCAAUUGCUAUAUUUAGAGAAAUUCAAUGUCUCACGCCUAGAGGUCGUUACGAUAUCAAAAUUUUCCAAUCUUUCUUCCAACUUCAUGGUAAAACUUUUGAUUACAAAAUUCCAAUGUCUACCGUUUUGAGAUUAUUCCUUCUUCCGCAUAAGGACAGCAGGCAAAUGUUUUUCGUUGUGAGUUUAGAUCCACCUAUCAAACAAGGACAAACUCGUUAUCAUUAUUUAGUUCUCUUAUUCAAUCAAGAUGAAGAAACAUCGAUAGAAUUGCCUUUCUCUGAGGAGGAAUUAAAGAACAAAUAUGAGGACAAACUUACAAAAGAAUUAAGUGGACCGACAUACGAAAUUCUAGGAAGAGUUAUGAAAGUUAUAAUUAAUAGAAAGCUCACCGGACCUGGAAAUUUCAAAGGGCACUCGGGUACUCCAGCAAUUGGUUGUUCUUUCAAAGCAGCAGCUGGUUAUUUAUAUCCUCUAGAAAGGGGAUUUAUGUACGUACACAAACCGCCAAUUCACAUUCGUUUUGAUGAAAUUGCUUCAGUGAACUUUGCACGAGGUGGUGGAUCAACAAGAUCUUUUGAUUUUGAAAUAGAAUUAACGAGUGGAAUUAAUCAUACGUUUAGUAGUAUUGAAAAAGGAGAAUAUGGAAAGCUCUUUGAUUUUAUUACGUCCAAGAAACUUAGAGUGAAGAAUAGAGGAAAAGGGGAUAAAGUCAACUAUGACGAUGACUUUGGUGGCAGUGAUCAAGAAGCUGAACCAGAUGCAUAUUUGGCUCGCGUUAAAGCCGAAGCACAAGAGAGAGAUGAUGACAAUCAAGAUUCAGACAGUGAAUCAACUGAUGAGGAUUUCAAUCCCAAUCAAGCGGAAAGUGAUGUUGCUGAAGAAUACGACAGUAAUCCUGCCACUACGGACAGUGAUGAUGGAUCUGAUGCAUCUGGCGAUAGUGCGAAGGAAAAGAAAAAGGAGAAAAAGAAGAAAUCGGCAAAAACAGUGUCUGAGAAGCCAAGAAAAGCGCGUAAGCCAAAGAAGGAAAAAGAUUCUAAUAAGCCAAAGAGGCCAGCAACUGCAUUUAUGUUGUGGUUAAAUAACACCAGAGAGAAAAUAAAAUCCGAUAAUCCAGGCAUAAGUGUCACUGAAAUUGCCAAGAAAGGUGGAGAAAUGUGGAAGGAGAUGAAAGAUAAAUCGGAAUGGGAGGAGAAAGCAGCCAAAGCGAAAAAGGAGUACGCUGAGGCAAUGAAAGAUUAUGUUCCAAGUGAAGGAGACAAAUCGAAAGACAAGAAGGAAAAGGCUUCUAAAAAGGAUAAAGACGAUAAAAAGAAAAAGGAUAACAAAAAAGAUACUUCAGCAUCUAAAAACACUUCCGGUUCAUUUAAGAGCAAAGAAUAUAUCAGUGAUGAUGAAAGUAGCAGCGAUGAAGAUAGUAAGAAAAAGUCCAAAUCUGAUAAGAGAAAACAUUCCGAUAGCGAAGAAGAUAAGAAGCCGAAGAAAAAGGCUGAUAAAAAGAAGAAAAAAGAUGAAUCUGAAGACGAGGCUAGUUUAGAAGAACCAGAUGAAAGUACUCCACCAACUAGUGAUGACGAUUCCAAGGGAAGCGAUUAAUGUUUUUUUUAUUUACAUUAUAUUUUCAUAAUUCACAAAAACUAAUUUCAUAAUUCUGUACAAUUAAGUAUUGUUUUGUAUUUAAGAAACCAUUAAUAAUAAGUCAGCGCAUAGAAUUUAAAACACUUUGAAAUAUAAACAGUUUUCUCCCCUUA